UAAUAACAUUAGCUUAUUAGGUUGUAUUUUUUGCAUAUUUUAUACCUUGCAAGGAAGAAAGUAAUAAAAAACUGAGACAAAUUGAUGUUGCAUUAACGGGGCCGCGAACGCCAACUGCUACACAUUUGGCGUAGAAAUUACGUAGUUAUAGAGAUUUCUACGCACUACACAUCAGGAAACUAAAAUUACGCUUUGUCGCAAUCGUACGAAUGACGAAUUGUUUCCAACCCUUUUUUGACCGAACAUAUUCGAUUUUGGGGUUUAUCCUGCAGCUCCGAUUUUUGAUCGAUUUCUUCCGAUUCCCGGAAAUUUAAUUCAGGAAUUUCCAAUCCGUUUGCAUCCAUUUCAUUGUCUAAAUUAUUCUCUAAAAUCAUGUUUUUUCUUAAACUAGACAAUGCAUACAUACUAUCGUAUUUUAUUAUUUCGUUUCCGAUCAAUUUAUUAAAAAAAAAUUGCAUUGUGCUCAGAAAUUUCAAACCCAUCAUCUAAAUUUGUCCUGCUCCCUGGCUGAUUAUUCCCCCUCCUCCAAACUUUUUUUUUAUUUUAACAGAUAUUAAAAUCUUUAAAACCUUUUCAAUGAAAAGAAAAAUCUGCCAUUAUUAACUGGUUUGAAGUGACAUUUUGUAAUUGUCAAAAAAAAAAAAUUCUUAAAAAUUUUUUUUAAUUUAAAUUUUUGAUUUUUUUUUCAAAGUUAAGCAGCUGUGUGAAAUACAUAUUUUCCUAUUUACAGUGUCAAGAGAAGUUUAAACUUACUCUUUGUCGUGGAGAUGUCUAAGAAAAUCUCAAAAAAGAAGCUUAGUGAAAAAGAAAUGGAUGAAAAACGUAAAAAAUGUCGUGAACGUGUUAGAAAACACAGAGCAAAAAUGACAGAAGAAAAGAAAGCUGAGAAAAAAGCAAAGGAUCGAGAAUACAAACAAAAAAUGAAAGAGGCUGGAGUUAUCAAAAAUAUAAAUGAAUUAUCAAAUAGACAGAAGCGGAUGAAGCGGAGACAGUGGAAAAAAGACUCUCGCAACUACAGAAGAAAACAAAUUAUGAAGAAAGAAGAAAUAGUAAAAGAAUCAACAACACUUGGAAGAAAAGGAUCCCCAAGGGUACCAGCUGGGAGAAAAGUGGCCAAACGUACUUAUAUGAAAAUGAGAAGAGAUAUUCAAUCAAUGAAAACUAAAAUAAACAAAAAAGAUAAAAAGAUUGAAACUUUAAGGAAACAAGUUUAUCGCCUCCAAAACAAAAAAAAUGUGGACCUUUCCCCUCGUAAACAAGUGAAGAAGAUUGUAGGUAGAAAGAAAGUUUCACCUGCUAUUAGGAAAAAUUUACUUCUAAGUUAUGCUCUUAUGUCAGGCCUGUCAGAUAAAAAGAAAAAAACCUGUCAAAAUGAGAAGGAGAGACGAAUGUUCAAUCAUAUAAUUUCCCUUAAAAUUAUUAAGAAAUAUAGAAUGAUUGGCCAUCUGAAAAAUAUUAUAUCUUACCAAGAGUUCAGAAAAGGUUUAAAAAUGAAAAACGUCUACUUCAAACGAUCCAACAGAAAUCAAAAAGAACGACUUAAACUGCAACAAUCAGUGCACAAGUUUUUGGAGGAGGAUAUAAAUAGUUGCAUGGCACCUGGUGCAAAAGACUGCAUUACAAGAAACAAAGUAAAACACCAAAAGAGAUACCUAAGAAACACAAUGCAGAAUUUGCAUAAAAUGUUUCUGGAAAGAAAUAAUACAAAGAUUAGCUAUUCAACUUUUUGCAGAUUAAAACCCUUUUGGAUACUCAAACCAAAGGUAACCAGUCGGGAUACUUGUUUAUGCACAAAGCAUGCAAAUUUUGAAUUUCUUUCGAUGAAACUAAAUUACCACCAACUUAUAAAAGAAAGACAAGCGGAAGAAUUAUGCACCAAAGUUUGCUGCGAUGAAAAAAACAAGGACUGUAUGGAGAGAAACUGUAGUAGGUGUAAAAACAAGACUCUCCCGGUAACCUUAAUCGGAACUUCAUUAAAGGAAGAAGAUGAGACAUUUUAUUACCAGUGGGUUAAAAAAAGAGAGAAGAUAAAAGAUAAGAAUGGGAAGGACAAAGUAAUUACAAUUACAAUUAAAGAUAAAAUUGUCUGCACAGUUGGAGAGUUAAUCAGUAAAGCAAAUAUUCAAAUUGAACCUUUUUUGAAGCACGUGUUUAUCAUGAGACAUCAGUUUAAUGCUGUCAAAAAAAUAAAAGGUUCUCUCAAUGCAAAUGAAGUAAUCGUUUUAAUUGACUUUUCUCAAAAUUAUGCUUGUAAAUUUGGAUCGGAGAUUCAGACCAUGCACUUUGGUUCUAAUAAGCCUCAGGUUACAUUACACACAGGUGUUUUGUAUCACAAUGAUGUACAACACUGUCAUUAUGAUCCAUCCAAGCUUGAGCAGGUUAUAUCUUUCUGUUCAGUUUCACCCUCCCUCCGUCAUGAUCCAAGUGCAAUUUGGGCCCACCUCCAACCUGUAUUAAAGUUAAUAAAGGAAUAUCUGCCUAGUGUGGAUACUAUACACUUUCAAAGUGAUGGACCAACUCCACAAUACAGAAACAAAUGCAACUUUUUUCUUCUAACUUAUUUUGCCUCAGCAUUUGCUUUUAAGGAGGUCACAUGGAAUUUCUCGGCAGCUGGGCAUGGGAAGGGUGCAGCAGAUGGUGUUGGUGGAUCAAUUAAAAAUAUUGCUGAUCAUGUUGUAGCUUGUGGAUCUGAUAUACCAAACUCCAGUGAACUGCUUAAGGUCUUGAGAGAAAAAGAAUUGAAAGUUAAGAUCUUCGAAAUUACAGAGGAAGAUAUUAAAAAAAUAGAUAGCUUUGUCAACAUUUUAUUGGAACCAAUUCCAAACACAAUGAAAUUACAUCAAGUUACUUGGAGUCACACGAAACCUAAAGACUUAUCCCUAAGAUUACUCAGUUGCUUCAGCUGCAUGGGAGAUGAAAUUUGUAAGCAUUUUGCACCAAGUCCUGCCACAUUUACAUUUCCUGAAGAAAAUGUUCUUCACCAAAAAAUUGAAAAGAAAUCUACAAAUAUAGCUGUAGGUGAUUGGCUAGCUGUUAUUUAUGACAAUUUGUGGUAUCCUGGUUCAGUAGAAGAAAUUCAAGAAGAUGGUUUUGUGCUGUCAUUUAUGCAUUGUUCUGGAGAUAAAUUUUAUUGGCCAUCACCCGAGGAAAAAUUUACAGUUCCUGAAAAUGAAAUUAUGUGUAUAAUAUCUGAUGCACCACAACCGAUCUCUAGACGCCAUUUCAUUAUUCAAAAUAAAAAAAAAUAUGAUGACAUAUUGAUUAACAUUUUAAAUUCAUAAUGUAAAAGUCAUUGAUCAUGAAAUAAAGUAAAUGUGUUUA